AUGCACGAUAUCAAAGCGAAGCAACCUGCAAACCAGCAGCGCCUCCAACCGGCUUCCCAGUCGGGCUAUUGCACUCUUGGACAGACAAACGGUCGUUCCGCAUGGACGAGUCGGGCAUGUUAUAGACUCAAUUGGCCCUUUUUUUCCUUCUGCCGUCCUAACAUUGACUUUAACUCCCGACGUGAGCCAUUAAUUCGUACAGGAUGCAUGCAUGAAAGCGUGGCGAAUGAAAGGAGGAGAGACGGCGACCAGGAAAUGGGUAUGCUUUAG